AGUAUCAUCCAGUUCAUGUCAUUGUCAGGUGUUGCUAAAAUAAAAACAUUUUUGCUUUUGCGGGAAUCAAAAUGUGUACGGUAGUAAAGUUAUAGGGGAUUAGUUUAUGAAAUAGAUAAAGUUUAUGAAUAAUAAUAUUUAUUUAUUUUUAAAUACAUCUUAGAAUCAUAGAAACAAUAUAAACAUUGCAUUAUAGUAUUCAAAAUGGGUAACAAUACGUCUCUGAUUAAUUUUGAAACAAAUGAAUUUCUUAAAGAGAAUAAACUUUUUGAAGAAGAUAAACAUAACUCAGAAAUUGAAGUUACAGAACUCAAAUUUACUCGCGAACAACUCAAUAUUUUUAUUAAAAUGUUUGAUGAGGACAUGGUGCUAAGUGAUUUUCUCAGUUUUGAUAGAUGUUGUGUUUUGGCUGACAAAUAUCUAUUGGCGACGUGCUUUAUCUACUUCGUCCGGGCCGGGCUCCAGCCAACUGAAUAUGGGCGGAUGAACUUCUUCACUGCUCUAUACAUAGCUCAUCAAAUGGAGGAGGAUGAUCAUGAUCUGCGAGAUAGUAUAUUUCCUUGGGCGAGUGCGCCUUCUCCUAAACUGAAGCGUCGACCACUCUUGAGAUCUGUCCGCAGGAUGUGGAUGGCAAUGGACUUACGAACAGUUGUCAGUAGAUACAGUUGCCAACAGGUGAUUGGAAGGUUCCAAAAGGCAGAUAUUUGGAGUAGACGAAGACCAGCUCAUCACGGCAAUGCUUACAGAAAGUUCAAGGAAUGUCCAAACUGUGUGCCGAAAAUAGACAACCAUAUUCUCAAUUUUUAUGAGUACGAAGACGAUAUUUACUCGUGUAAACCAAAGAUGCCAAGACUGCCGUUAAUCGUACCUGAUAUGUCCGAGGAAAGCAGUUGCUCUUCAUCAUCAUCAGAUGAUGAUGAUGAAAUUAGCGACUCUCAGUCCGAUGACAGUUUGGAUCUUGAAAGCCUCCCAAGCAGUGAGGAUGGCGACGUAGACGCAAUGGAUGUAUCACAUGAUUCUGAUUCAGAAGGUGUUUCAAAAAUUAGUUCAACCGAAAAACUUAUGGAAGUUGACUUUUUUGUGAAUAGUAGCCAGGGUAGUGAUGUUCUUGAUGAAAAUAAUAAUUGUGAUUCAGUCAAGUAGAGGGACUCCUUGCUCCUCACCGAGAAAGAUAGAAAUAAGGAGAUAGUUGAGAGUUGUGAGAAAUAUCUUUGGUUAAUUCAGUCGUUUAUCUAGAUCAUUUGCUCAAUGAAGUCUAAUGUUGUUCAUUUUUGUAGAGGAUUUUUCUAACAAUUGAGUCAUCAUAAAUGUAAUGAUAUUUUUGUUGAUAGUUCAUCAUUUUAAAAUAUUGUAAUCUAGUCUCUAAGGUAGAGCAAUAAUUAAGACUGACAACUGAGUAAGGCUUUGUGCAGGUGUGCUCAGAUCAACCCAAGAAUAGUAUAUAAUUAGAUAGUAUAUAUAGACCCAAGAUAAUAUUAUAUAUAGCUAUAUACUAUCCUUGUGCUCAACCUACUUAGGUGCGCUCAUCUACUUUAUCUGUAAAGAAGUUUGGAAGCACUCACACAUUUUUAGUUUUUUUUUUUUUAGUUUGAAUAAAACCAAGAAAUAUAAUAAGAAAAUACUAUAAAUGUUUACCUUCAGUAUUAAUAAAAUAAUUUUAACUAUAAUUGUUACUCAUUAGUUUUGUUAUGAAUAUUCAUCAGUGUUCAGCUUGUUCACUUACUUAUGGCCCUAAAAUAUAAUCCUACUUCCAGUUUAACUUCUGAGAAUAUUGAUUAUUGUACAGUUUGUAUUAUGCAGUUUUGAUUAAACCUGUAAGGCCGCUGUUUAUUAUUAUUGUUGUUCUCAUUCAGACAGAAUGAUUCAAAGAAUUUGCCAACCAGUACCUUGGUUUAUUCGUUUAUGGUGACAAUGAUGAAUCUUUCCAAUUUUAAAAUGUGUUGGGAAAAGUUAAUUAUUAAAAGACAGAAUAUUUUUAUGUUGAUAGUAUUAUCUGCUGAACAAAGUGUAGAACAAAUAUUUUCAAAUAGCCUGAAUCUAAUCCUGUGUAGUUAAGGAUGAAUAAGUAUCGAACAAUCGAAAAAUACUUUUCUAGAACAUUAUUAGCAUCGCUUCUAUAUCUAAUAAUUCUACGCCAGAAUUGUACCAUUUUUUUCUCAUUUUCCAUCUAAAUGUCUAGUAGCCUAAUCCAUGAACUUUAAAUUUUGUCAUUGGAGUAUAUUAAUAUACCA